UAUGAAGAGGAUCGCAGUGCUACUACUUACUUUUGGCCUGGCCGUAGCCAGUUCCCUCGACUUGGACCUGGGGCUGACCGGAGGAAACAAACUGGAUGUAGUGGACUACCAACGCCUUAACAAACUGCGGCACUUGUCGGAGGAGUUUUUUACCCACUACCAGAAUGUAACUUUGGAGGACUUGCUGCCCGAAGGACGGCUGCCCACAGUCCAGGAUCUGCAGUGCUAUGCGGAAUUUGCUCAGCUAACCGCAGGACUGGCUACCGGCAGCCUUUGGGCUUUCCAAAUGAUUGACUCAUGGGGAUCAAUACCCGCUGGUAUCCUGAAGGGUCACUUCAAGGACCUGGGUCACUACGACGAGUGCAUUAGCAUCGAGCAGACCGUAGCAUCGACCAAUACUCUGCUUGGAAAAUACUGCCUGGCCAAUCUGCCCCUGCAGCAAUUGCUCGGGAACUCUGGGAUGAUGAUGUUCAAUGUCCAGACGGCCGUUUGCUUUCCCGCCUCCUGCUCAGCCGCCAACAUAGACACACUCCUGCGGAGGGUCUUUAAACAACUUAUCGGACUGGAGCUGAGUGAUAAUCAAAGUCUGGUCAGGGAAAGCUCCUGCAAAACUUCGGAGCGUGAAUCUUACGACGCCGUAACCAUUUUCACUAUCGUUCUUUUAUCUGUGUUUGGCGGUGUGGUGGUUUUGUCCACACUCUACGACUAUUUCCUGUGUGAGGAUCAAAAAAAACUGCCUGCCCUUCUAAAGGUGUUCUCCGCACGUGCCAACUCCCGAUCGCUAUUCCGCAUUACCGCCAAGCCCAAUCCGAAUGUGAUAGAGUGCCUACAUGGAAUUCGUGGAAUGUCCCUUAUUUGGGUGUGUUAUGGUCACAACUACAUUGUUGGUAUCACUUCACCCAACAUAAACCUAUAUGAUGUGUAUUCUUGGGCGAAGACACCUUUCAUGGACAUAAUUUAUGAGGGCGUUUUCGCAGUAGAUACAUUUUUCUUCAUUAGCGGGCUGCUGGUUGCUAUGGUCGCCCUGCGUUCAAUGGAAAAGGCCAAGGGAAAGCUGAAUAUUCCGCUGAUGUACCUUCAUCGUUAUCUCCGCCUAACGCCCAUCGUGGCCGUAUCUAUUUUGCUCUACCUCAAGCUACUGCCUCUUAUGGGCGAUGGUCCGCUUUUCGGCAACUGGAACUUUGAUAGCUACGACAACUGCAACGAUAACUGGUAUUGGACCCUGCUCUACAUUCAGAACUACGCUACUGAUCAGGAAUGUUUGGCUCACACGUGGUAUCUAGCCAUCGAUAUGCAAUUGUAUAUCAUUGCUCCCUUCCUAUUGAUUAUCGUGUACAAGUGGGGCAAGAAAGGUGCCGCGGUGGUUCUGCUACUUUUGCUGGGACUCGCUGCCUAUUUAUUCGGAACCAUGGUGAUCAAUGACUAUUCUUUGAUAAACGGUGGAGGGGGAGGAGGCCCAGAUGAUUAUUCAGAAGACCUGUCCCACUAUACCCACAAUAGGACUUCUGGAUGGCUGGUUGGAUUUCUGUUUGGCUACUUCUUGCACACGAUCCGUGGAAAGGCCAUCAAGCUGAGUCGCCCUGCCGUCUGGUUAGGAUGGAUCACCAGUCUGGCCCUACUUUUCACCUGCAUCUUCGCCAUGUACCCUUAUGGUCAGGCCAAGACCGCGUCCCUUCCGAUCCUUAACGAAGCCUUCUACGUAUCGCUCUCUCGAAUCGCAUGGCCCCUGGGUUUGAGUUGGGUGGUCUUUGCCUGCAUGCAAGGAUACGGCGGACUGGCCAACUCCUUCCUCUCCUCGCCGCUGUGGCAGCCUUUGUCGAAGCUCUCCUUCUGCACCUACAUGGGUCAUCUGUUGAUCCAGAACCUCAAUGGUGGGCGCACGCGAGUCAACACCUACUUCUCGAACUACGACAUUAUGUUGCGUUUCUGGCAGGACUUUGGAUUUUCGGUCUUGCUCGCCUAUGUCAUGUACAUUUUGAUCGAAGCUCCUUGCGGGGGAUUGGAGAGUCUGAUCCUGCCAAACCGUAGACCAGCUGCCCAGCCUACACUGCAGCCUGCCGAGUUCUUCCCAGAGCCGAACUCACCGCCUGUUGAUCUAGAAAAGCAAGCUCCAGAACCCUUAAGCAACAACACAUCCGCUUCAGCUCCUCCACUGCAAAGCAGGAUUGAACUUCGGAGCAACGAAGCAGAAAAAGCAACUCAUUAGUUAAAGCACCCUAAGAUAACUGAGGCGAUGUAUAUAGAAUAAUAUUUAUACUUA